GAGAGAUCCCAGCGAUCGAAGGUUUCGUCGCUGCCGAGUCUGCAGCGCCAUGGCGAUGAUCUUCCUGUCCGGGCUUGCGAUGUCGUCGUACUUCCUUGCGCUCUGUUACAUGCUUAUGACGUUUAUGGGGAUCUCGAAGCUCUGUAGCAACAAGAAUCUGUCGUAUUCACGAACGACGCAGCUGCUCAUGGUCAGUGUCUCGCUUGGGUGUCUUUUUCGCGCUGCCACAUUCUCGACCUUGUGCUUUCUCGAUUUUCAACACACCGAGUCGGGGCUGUCGCCGCUAAGCUCGCCCUUGCGCGUUCCCGAGGGCCCUGCGCCAGAGGAAUCGGAUUUGUCCUUUUACAACAAGGUCGUGGCCGUGCUGUUCAACCUCCCCGACUAUCUCUUUGUGUCGUCCUACUUGCUUGUGGUGUUGCUGUGGGCCGAAACGUACCAAUCGUCUCGGCGGCAUUGGUUUUCGGCCGAGCAGUUCCAUCGCCGGUGGAUGAUCUUUUACCUGAUCUUCAACGGCAUGCUGUACUUGACCCAAGUCGUGCUCUACGCUCUGCUAUUCCUCCGUGCGGAUCCAUCUGCGAUUGCUGGCAUCUACGAGAACGACGAGGGCACCCAACUCGCCCUCGUUCCAACGCUCAUCUUUGACUGCGUUGCCGCCGCCGACCUCUGCCUCCCGCUCAUCAUCUUGACGACGUGGAUUUACUUGACCCUGACCCUAUCGGGGUUCCCGUACAAGUCGCACCAUGCGCAAGCCAAGCUCGCCAAGAUUGGACGGUUGGCCAUGGCAUGGAGCGUCGGCCGCAUUCUCUACAGCGUCAUGAUGCUGCUCACGUUUACACGGGGAUGGUUCAACGUGGGCAAGAACAAUGCAACGGUACGUUGGUGUUUUUUAUUCCGGUCGAUGUGCCGCCGCGCGCUCGUUUCUCCUCGCCCCGUUGACGCGUAGACGCAAUCGAUGCUGCUCGUGGCGCUGUUCGUGGCAGCCGAGAUCCUCCCCAUCUACAUCCUCAUCGACGCCGACCUGCUCCGCCUCUUGUCCAUGGAUGCUGCGUACGAACAGAUCAUGGAGCCGUAACGAAGCAUGUUGCAUGCGACGGACGACUACUCGCGUUGGCGUUUUGUAAACACGACUUGCGUCGAACGCAAGCGAUGCGAGAAGUCGCUCGACCAUGCGUUCGAGAACGACGGCUCUGCAUGCCGCCACAACGAUCUUGGGAUGGCUAGUAGAACAGGA